CCUUGAUUGUCCCAGGAGGAAAAAGGUUAUCGAUAGCUCUGGUGAUCUUCAGACAGACAUCCCCUCUCGACCUAGUACAUACCCUCCUCUAUCAUCUGCCGUCACCGCCUGCUCCUGGGAUCUUGUCUACUUCAAGUGCCGACCGUAUCGAAAGCUUCACCAUGAUUGGUACUCUGUUAAAAGAAUCCAAUUUAAAUCUCCACCUCAAUUAUCUACGGAGGGGACGCUGUAUACCGAGCACAUAGCAUACCACACGGCACUGGAAAGAAAGUUAUUAAUUUAAUUUGCCGGUCUCACCGCGGAGCGCCAGAAGCCAAUAAGUAUUAUCGCUGAUCCCGAUGCGCGACAUUUAUCCCCAAAUACUCGCAAUCUGGCUCACAGUCUGGCCUCCUAUCACACGGCCUCCUCCUCCUACUGCUACUCUAUGUAUGUAUGUAUGUAUGUAUGUACACAGCACUGGACCAGUCACGAGCUACGCCAAUGUUAGAAAGUGCCGCUUACGGAGCGAGUUCUUAUGAAAUCAUCAUGUCAUACCUAUGUACUUGUCAACCCAUACCAGCAAAGAGUAACCUGCAAGAGCGAGUGUACCAUCAUGGACCCCGAGUUAGCCCGCGUGCCGACUACUUGGUACCUGGCGGCUGGUCGUCAUCAACGCACCGUCAGAGCAUCAUCAUGGACAUGGAUCCAUCUACUUGCUCCAGAGUAUACUUGGCUGGCUGUUAUCCUCACAGGGCACUCGCCGAUCGCUCGCGUCGCUCAAGUUUUCAACACCCCCCUCCCCCCUUUACGCUCGUGGGUCGGGGCACAUGCUCUCCUCUCUACCCGAAACACGUUCAGAGCUUCUCGUCAUUCCAUUCGUCUUCGAGUUGCAUCUUUAUCUGCAAAGUGCAUGCCGUUGAGAUCCGCGCUCCAAUGGGAGCCCUACCCAGGCUUACCCUACGGAGGAAAUCCCUUGCCGGCCUUCCCGCCGCCUACUCCGUAG